AUGAACUGCACUUCCAAAAUCGAGCUAGUCCCCAAACUUUCCCCGCCAUCAUCCAUUACACAAAAUAAUUCUCAACCCUUGGAAAGUGUCCAAUUAAGGGCAGCGUAUAGUCACGUUAGAGUUGGAACUUACAGUACCGAAUCUUUUCAAAUGUGCAAGAACCGCCCACCAAUUAUUGAUACAUCACAGAAGUGCAAAAAAAACACUGGUCCAAUUUUACGCCUAUUAAAACGGCGUCAAACUUCUACCUACCUUUCAACGAAGUCGUGUGAUAAUAUUUACGCUGUCAAUAAAAGUUCUAAUUCUCUGGAUUGGCAUCUUGGAAAAUCUGUUAAUCAUCAAGAUUUUUUGACAGGGUUCAGAGCUUCUCAAAGUAACAGCUUAGACUGGAGAAUCGGAAGAACUGUUACUUCAUGUUCUAAUCAACUGGAAUCUCAAAGUGGGACUCGCAGCGCUGAGCAACUGUCAAGAAAUAUCCCUUCAACACCUGGAUAUUUGCAAGCAACUUCAAGUGCUAAAUCAAAGCUUGUUUCUUUAUUGAGACGUCUUUCACCACGCCUCUCAAGACCUAGUAAAAAUUCAGUACAAUCAUCCCCCAUUAUCUGCCCAUGGGUUCAAGUUGAGUACUCUACAAAAUCAGCCGAUGAUGAUAAAAGAGAUGACUCGCAAGAAAGCGAUGCAAGCUUUCAGCAGGAAUUAGAAAUGAACGAACUUAGAAAAAAAAUUGCUGAACACUGUGUACAGAUUUGUAUCUCACCGACAUCUGGGGCAAGCGCUGCUUGUGUCGAAGAUCAACCGGCGUCUUAUCCUAGCAUUCGUAUUGAAGGACCAGAAACCCAAUGUAUGUCUCAUAACUCAAGAGCUGUUGACAACGCUCGUGGAAACCAUCGUAACACAGUGGUUCACAGUGAAGUGGCAGGUCUGGAAAGUAAAACAUCGAGGGAAGACUGUGCCGGUGAAGUGGUGCCAGGCGGAGGAAACACCAGGACCACCCUUCGCCUCAGGCCACUGUCCCUCGCAGUUCAGCCCUUGCAUUAUCAUCAACUCAGCUCUGAGGUCACCAAUAAACAUCUCAAUAUGACUAGUCAAGAGAGUAUUGGCAGUUGUAGUCUCGACGUGGAUACAUCUGCAUCUGACCGAUCAGAUACUGCAGUAGGUUCUAUCUCUGAUAAAACCUUACACAGUCUGAGCUUUUCUUGUAACGGUGAACUCACUCCGUCUCCCGACAUCUUACCAAACGGUAAAGAAGAAUCAAUACAACAAAUAAAUUUUGACGCAAACAAAGAAAACAUAAGUAAUAUUCACCAUGACAGCUCAGAACCAGAACAGCUGACAGCCAAAAAACCAUCAUACUUGGGUCUUGCCUGUAGCAUAAGUGGUUAUUCUGGUAUCACAAGAUACGAUAGCAAAUUACGAGAAGGAUUCAGAUCUCGAGAUACGAGUCCUGGCAGCAGACUCAUAACAAGGGAUACAAGUCCUGCAGGCUUCAGAUCCAGUGAAAACCUGAGCCUACCAAGUCAUCAACCCUCGAAAAGUUUGUCGAUUUCUCCACUCGCAAUGGAGCGUCAAAAUGGUUUCUCCAAUGGUGUCAGAGAAGAAUAUAAGAUCCAUACGUUCGUUGAGACUAGAAAUACCGUAAGCACCUGUGAAAGCUUUAGCGAAGUUGACAAAGGCGUACCUUUGCACACAACAUUCGCUGAUAUAAGCCCAGUGCACGGUAAUCCGGACAUAUCACCUAUAAAAAAAAGCCCAGGAAUGGUCAGAGUCGUCGCAUUUAGUCAACAAAAUAAAAGUUUCAUGUCAAACGUUACGGAUUCUUCACCGAAGUCCACGAGUUUCAAUGUUACAAAUACUUCAAUGACAGAGAUGAGCAUGACUAAUGGUUCGUCUGUGGAAACAGAAAAUCAUACAUUCAAUUCAUCGUUUAGUAGUGAAAAGUCUUUCAUCCAACAACGAGUGGAACGAUUAUAUGGUCCUGGUGCAUUGGCACAAGGAUUUUUCUUCAAACGAAGUCCCAGUAAAUUGAAUAACAGUGAUUGCUUCUUGAAUAAGUCAUUGAAUAACAACAACGAUGUUUCAACCGAUGACGUCAAGGAGGAAGAAUCAUUAAAAUCUCUUCCAGUUUUAAGACAUCUUAGACCCGAAUUCCGGGCUCAAUUACCAGUUGUUAGCCCUAGGAAACCGACUGAUGGUAGCGAACAAGUAAUCAAAUCGUUACAAAGAGUAACUUCGUCCGUUCAAAGAAAUGAGCAGAAAAGUAAAGCUGUCUCAAGUACGAUAGAUCUGAAUAAAUGUACAGCUAGAAAUGAAUCUAUCGCCAACUCAAAGCAAAGUAUGACCAGCGUAACAAAUAUUCCUGACCAUCAGCCAGCUGCAUUGGAAGUAGUCUUACCUGUUUUGGAGCCAAGCGCAAGUUCACAUAAUAUAGCAAAGCAUGUUCAAGAGACAGAAAAGGUAGCUGAAGAGAAAGAUGGUCAUUAUUUUAUAGAGAUAUUGAAGGCAGAAACAGAAAGGUUAUUGUCUUUAGCAGCAUCUGCAGAAGCUGAACUGGCAGGUGGUGAUCCAAGUGUACUUCCGGAGGAGGCAGCUGGCAAGUUGAGAUCAGCUGCUGGCAAAGCUCGGCUAUUAGCGACUCAAAAAAUGCAACAAUUUGAAGGACUCUGCCAAAAGAAUAUUAACCAAAUACCUGGGGAAGAAUUUCCGACUACCAACGAAGAUUUAGCAGGCUUCUGGGAUAUGGUGAUGCUACAAGUUAUUCAAGUCAAUGAACUUUUCGAUCAGAUUCGAAGACUGAAAAACUCACAGUGGAAAGAAGUUAUUCCAGAUUCAAAGGCAAUUACAUCCUUACCACAAAAUGGGAGCAGCACGAAGCGUCGUGUCAAUGUCACGAAUAAAGCAAAAUCAACUGUAAAUAGUGAAGCAAAUCGCAAAGCUCGGGAAGCUCGCGAACAAGCUAGACGGCAAAUGAUAGAAGAACGAAGACGAGCAAUGCGUUCGCAGGCCCAAAAUAAGGAUCAGAGCGAUGCGGAUUCUGUCAAAAUUUUCGUUCCAGAAACGUAACGGUGAACUGGCGUGAGAAUGAAACGCAAAUGAAAUAAAUAACGGCACUUUUUACACUGUUUUAGAUUAAAUGUAUUCAAACGACUACUUACACAGCUUGCUAAUGCUACGACGAACAUUACAAUUCUAGUAUAAACUGCAUUCGCAUCUAAAACUGUAACAUUUUAUAACAGUAUUAAAUUUCAUCAAAUGUUGAAGAUUCGAAAAAAUUUUAAGUUUUACGAUCAGAGAGGAUUUACUGACAAAAAGCGUAUUUUAAUAUUUUUAUUGUUCCAAGCGAGAAUGUAUUUUUUGAAUAUUUGUUAUUGUAUUAUGGGUUGAAAAAAAAAGAUUGCAGAAACUCAAACAUCAGUUAUAGUAAAUGCAUAGUUUUAGUAUCAGGUUGUGUCCGUUUAGUCAAUCCUUUCGUGCAGAUUGUGUCAUGCGUCUUUUUCCAAGAUGGGUGAGUGAGAAUGAAACAAUAUAUGACUGCGAGCCGAGGUCGAAUGAAAGAAUACUUCCUUACUGCGCGUUUUCUUUCACGACUGAAAUAAAUUAAAAUCGAAACAUAAGGUAACUUUCGGAUGUACAGUUCUCAGAUGUGAUAAUUUGUUGCGAUUUAUAAAAAUCUAACGUGAAUCAAUGUGUGGCACUAGUGUUAUAACAUAUUUUUCAUUAUUAUCAUUAGCAGCAUGGUAAGUUCUAUUUUUUCGCGUAGGCAGACUUUUUGUAAGAAAACUUAAAUUAAUUAUUGAUAUUAGGUACUCUAGCUAUUUAAAUUUUUUCUAUUGCGAGCCUAAUGAUUACUUAGUAACUUAUAAAUAGUAAAUUGUAAAAACGAAAAUACAACAAAAAAACACUAGGAAUAAAAUUUAAUUGAUUUUGCGUAACUUGUAUAAUAUUCUUGUAAUUAAAUCAUACUUUGGUGCAAAGUUACAUGUUAUGUAUAUACUUAUGUUAUAAAUAAUUUAAAUACACAUGGCUUUGCUUGUAAAUGGUAAAUUUAAAAAUCGUUUUGGUGUUGAAAACGGCAGAAGAUUCCAACUGUUAUAAAUAAUUGUGUCGGCUCUUCACGUUAAUGUGGAAUAUUUGCAAUAUUUCAUAUUUGUCGUGUUUAUUAUAUGCUAAACUUCUUGAAGCAGAGUACUUUCUUAUAAUAUUAUUUUAUACUCUUUUCUCUUUACAUUAUGUUAAAAAUCCGUCGAAUUAAUAUGUAGUCUAACAAAUUUUGCAAAAACUGACCUCUAAUAGUUAAGGAUUGAAUUCAUGGGCAACCGAAUAUUUCCAUUAAUGCAUCCCUCAGUGCAGACAUAUAUCUACGUAUGAUAAAUGUUCGUUUCGAUUCGGGAUAUCGAGGAGUCAAAGUUUUUCCUACAAUUAACGUAAAUCUCUGCGAACAGCGCGAAUAGUAAAACUUCAGACAUCGGUGAUUCAGUAAGUUUAUAGCUCAGACUUUUUUUUUAGUGUCAACGGAGCGAAAAACCAAUCGCUAGAUCCAAAUUCGGACUCGAAAUGAUUAUUUUUCGAAAUUCCCAAGGUAGAUACACACUGUGAUUUUUAAACUCUGUUGGGUCAUUCGAAAUAUUCUAUAUGCAUGCGUUGUAGCAAACAAUAUCUAGAUUCGAAGAAUCAGUUCCUAUAGCUAUUCAUACAUGUGCUAAAAAGUAUUUCCAUGCAAAAGUCCUUAGAUUAAAUGAAAAAAUUACGUAUGAUGAAUGAAUUUAAAAUUAAGGCCCUAGUCUAGUCAUAUAAAUAGGUGCGUAUAGAAACACAAAUAUAGAUUUGUGAUGUCUGAGAUAGAAAAAUUUGUAUUUGAAUUUACCAUCGCAUCAUUCACAGGUCCUUCCGUUUUAACGACUAUUUGUAACAUGCCAAAAUUUGAAGAUCAAAGCCACGAAGCUUAUAGGAAAUUAAUUGAAGAUGGAUGAUCGAGGUACUUGACAAAAACAAAAAUUGACGAGCGAUUUGUACUUACUAAAACAUAACUUUGUGGUGAGACUACGCAUUUUUAUAAGUAAUGAAAGAAAAACAAAAAAAGCAAGUAUUCGUGCUGAAUCACGUGACGAAUUUGUCGACUGACAUCACGACCGUAUGUUUGUGUUUGUAUUAAAGAAAACUGCACUAGGUCCUUAAAUCUCCAAAGAUUAAUGAUGCGUUAAAAGUUUCAAAGCUCUAAAAUUAAAAUUAAACAUCUUAUUUCAGGGAUUGUUAGUUUUCCUAAUGAAAUAAUGCGUUACCAUCACAUAUGUAAUUAAAAGUCCGCCGCAUCAUGCCUCAAUGCCUUAAUAAACAGAAAGAUAAUUGCAUAAGUUAAUAAAUGGGUGAAAUUCGACUAGAAUCUCGUUUAAAAAUACUGUGGUAAUGAGGUCACGGCAGGUCAGAAACGUUGACUCGAAAUACACUUUUUACCCAAGAAUACUAAGUUAUUUAUAUUUAAUAAAAUUUUGUAUAUUUACAUCGUUAAUUAUCAAUUACGUUCAUUAAAAUAUCGAUACUUUGAUAUGCUUGAACACAUAGUGAAGCCGGUACUGAAUCAUUAGUUCUCUUCCCUUCACGCAUCCAGGUGGUGAAAUCACAACACACUGAAACUUCGUUAGCUGUCCCCUAACAACAGAAUUUUCAAAAUAAUUGAGUUUCAAGCACCGCAAAAUUUGUUGUGAUUUUGUAUUUGUUUUCAAAGGGUUAUUUAUAUUUUCACCUUAAUUACAUUUUGGGUUCUUGCAACUUUUAAUGGUUUACAUUUUUAUCAGAUAUUAUUAUUGCGUUUGAAGUAGUUGAUUAAUCUAUCGAAAAUCCAUUGAAAUCAAUACAUUUUGCCAUACGAUUUUCUGAUUCUACUCUGCGAUUAUUUUUUUUUAGCCUUAAGUUUUUUGUAAUUGUAAAUGCAUGACAUCAUGACAUUUUAUGCAACGCGCCAUCAAAAUUACACAUACAUGAACAAUGUUAUUUUCUCAAGAAUGAGUGCAACGUUAAUUUGAAUUUGUGAAUUACUUGAAAUUUUAAUAAUUCAAAAAUAUUGCGUCCUGCAAUUGGGGCUUUUUGAUACUUUAAUAGUAAUUUAUAUUCAGAUAUACCUGAUUUUAUUCAAGUGUUUAUCAUUUUAUUCAGUAUCCAUCUUUUGUACUGAAUAUGUGUGAAAAAAGGAACACAUUCAGCAGACGAAAAUAGUAUAAAAAAGUAAAUAAUUGAGCUUCGUGAUAAUUUCUUCUGGAUAAAAAUUUGGUGACAGACAUUGCACACAUUCUUCAUUCGUCUGAUAUACUCACAUCGUUUAUUAUUAUUUAUGCCACAUUUUAUUGAAAAGCGUAUUAUUUGUAUUGUCGGGAUGACUUUGGUUGAAUAAAGUAUUGACACGAGGGGAAAAAUCAUAAAUAAUGAAAGCAGCAUAAUAAAUUAUCAUAUUGCUCUUGCUGCAUGGAUGAGUUUUCAUUUUUCGUUAAUUCUUUAAGCCAAAUAGAUUGAGGUCCAACUAUAUCCGCGUGUCUUGCCAUGCUCAACUAUAAUUUCGCAUUGCCAUAUCAAACAAAUUUCAACGCGACUACUUCGAUAUCGGAGUGAUAAAUGGGAAAUAAUUUUCACACAA